ACACCAAAACGGUUUAGACUGAUUCUAGUGGAAGUGGAGAUACUUUCAUCGAAAAUAAAUAGUAAAAUAAUUAGAGAUCUUGAGGGUUAACUCAAACCAGGACAUUUCAGUAUAUUCACAGUUCCAACCAACAAUCGAUAACCGUUCAUUUUUUUAUAAGCAAUUUCUCAACAUAGAUUUUAGCAACACCGCCAAAGGCACCAGCCAUAUCCGUUUUUUAGAAGCUCCCAGUCCCAAUAAUAACACCACAUUAAAAUAGUAAGGUAAUCCAAGAACGUGACUUAGAAGCUUCAGCCUCAAACAAAAACUUCACAGAAAGGGAAAGAAAUGGAGUUUACAUUUCAAGAAUCACCAUGGUCACGCUUAUUCUUGAAUACACCAUUUCUCUUUCCAUCUUCUCUCUUCACCCCUGAUAACUAUGUUCACUGGACACAAACUCUAGAAUCUCAUAUCUACACAGCCAACCUUCCUGGUGUAAGGAAAGAAGAAAUUAAAGUAGAAGUAGAAGAUUCAAAAUAUUUGAUAAUAAGAACAGAAGAAAUAAAUGAAGAAACAAAACCAGCAGUAAGUUUCAUGAGAAAAUUCAGACUUCCUGGUAUGAUUGAUAUUGGUUCAAUUUCAGCUGCUUAUGAAGAUGGGGUAUUAACUGCUACAGUUCCAAGAACUUCUGCAAGGAGACUUUUACAUAUCCAUCUUUCUGAUUUACCAGGCAGACAUGAAAUUCUUGCCGCUGCAGCUUAAUUUGGAAAUUAAUGGGCAAAUUUUUAGAUUUUUAACGUGAUGUUCCGUUUCUUUCGUAUAUCUAGCUAUUUAGUUAUUUCCUUGGGAAUUUAAGAACAUUUUUCUUUUAAUUUUGCUUGAAAGCAAAUGUAUUCUUGAUCAGUGUUGUUGUUGUUAUAAUGAUACAAAUUCCUAUGUCAAUUUUUGUUGUUUUGGAAGAAUGUGGGGAUUACACAU